AUGGCUGCUCCACACCAGUACCACCAACCGAAUGCGCCAGACGAGGACUCUGACCUUGAACUAGACUUGGAGGAGUUGGACCCUCUGGCAUCUCGCUCACAGGCAGCCGCCACGCCGCCGCCACGUAAUUCCAAAGACAAGAGGAGGCCAUACCAUGAGCUAGGCGCAAGGAUACCGCUGAGGAACUUGAGAGUAGGCAGACUACGAGCAAGUAAGAAGAAGCAGGAGGCUGAAGAGGACGACUUGAGGGGCCUAUUAGACGACGAUGAAGGGCCAAAGAGGGACUCGGCUGGUAGCUAUGGUCAGUCUGGGGAGGACGACUCACCCUUACUACCAGCGCAGCGGACUGCCCAAAGACACCAACCGCCAAAAAGUACCAUGUCAAGAUUAGGGUCGAGCAUGCGAAUACCGAGCUUCCUUUCGCGACAUAGCAGCGCUGCUAUAAAACUCGAUGAGGAUGGCGAGGAAGAUGCGGAAGAGGAGCAUGAUCCAACCACGCAGCGGACCAUUUCUGUCGGCCAGCUUCAAACUUCAAGGUUCCCGGCAAAUGCGGUUUCGAAUGCAAAGUACACACCCUGGAGUUUUCUUCCACGUACUUUGUACAACGAGUUCUCCUUCUUUAUCAACAUGUAUUUCUUGCUGAUUGCGCUGUCGCAAGUCAUACCCGUAUUGCGAAUUGGCUACCUUUCGACCUACGUCGCCCCACUAGCCUUUGUCAUAACCAUAACUUUGGGAAAAGAGGCCAUGGAUGAUAUCGCCCGACGGCGAAGAGAUGCAGAAGCUAACUCCGAGGGCUACACAGUACUGAAGUUUGAGGAGAACAGUAAAGGAACUGGCGUUGCCCCAGGCAGAAGUUCGCAAAGGCAGAAGCGCAAGGGACUGGCAACCUGCACUUACUGGGAGGUUACAAAACCUUCUAGGAGCCUCAAAGUCGGCGAUGUGGUCAAACUUGGAAAGGACCAAAGAGUACCUGCUGACAUGGUGCUUCUGAAGAGCCAUUCCACCGAUAUUAGCGCUGCUACCCCAGCUGGCGCAAAUGCACAAAGCCCAUUGGUCCCGUUGAUCGAUAGUGAGGAGCCUAUGGAUACUGCAAAGGCCGACAACGUCGCAACGAGCGGGUCUUCAGGUGAAGCCUUUAUCAGAACCGAUCAACUGGAUGGUGAAACUGAUUGGAAAUUACGCCUUACUUCUCCACUGACACAGAACCUGGAUGUUGGAGAAUAUACGCGACUUCGAGUUGUCGCUGGUAAACCAGACAAAAAGGUCAAUGAAUUUUAUGGGACUGUGGAGCUUCUGCCCAAGAGCCAACGGCACUACGAUCCCCACGACAGUGAGCAACCUUCCUCAUCUGAAGAGGCACAGUCAGCUCCUCUUAGUAUUGAUAACACCAUUUGGGCGAACACGGUCGUGGCGUCGAGCUGCAGUCUUCUUGCAGUAGUGGUAUAUACUGGGCCCCAGACGCGCCAGGCGCUUUCGACUUCGCCUUCAAGAUCCAAAACAGGUCUACUGGAACUGGAGAUCAACUCGCUCACCAAAUGGCUAUGCAUCUUUACUCUCUCGCUGUCCUUCAUCCUCGUAGCGCUCGCACGGUUUCAAGAAAUCCAAGGUCGGCAAUGGUGGGCUUCUAUGCUACGAUUUCUCAUUCUGUUCUCGACCAUUGUCCCUGUGGGUUUGCGUGUCAAUCUUGACAUGGGAAAGUCAGUGUAUGCAUGGUUUAUCCAUCACGACGAAAGCAUCAAAGGAACGAUUGUCCGCACUAGUACCAUUCCUGAAGAUUUGGGUCGGAUAGAAUAUCUAUUGAGCGAUAAAACAGGAACGCUGACACAAAACGGCACCGUCUCUUAUGCAAACGAGGCCAUGGACGAGGUAUCCUCGUAUGUGCGCCAGUGUUUCACACCGCCCGCUGGAGAAACCCCCUCACUCGUCACACCGUCAUCCGCUUACAUUGCGCCUCUUACUUCUGCCACACGUACCCGCAGGGAAAUUGGGUCACGAGUGCGCGACGUUGUGCUGGCGCUAGCGCUCUGCCAUAAUGUAACACCAACGACAGAGGAAGAGAAUGGUGAAGAAGUGACUACCUACCAAGCAUCAUCUCCGGACGAAAUCGCCAUUGUACGUUGGACCGAGGCCGUUGGCUUAAAGCUCCUGUCCCGAGACCGCGAGUCCAUGACUCUCCUUUCAUGUGAUAGCGGAAAACAAGUCGUCAAAGUCCGCAUCUUGAAUGUUUUUCCAUUCACAUCGGAAGGCAAGCGCAUGGGUAUUGUCGUGCAGUUCUAUCAUGGACCUGCAUCUUCGCCGAUUGACGAGGAUGGGGAGAUUUGGUUUUACCAAAAAGGCGCAGAUACCGUCAUGACGUCGAUUGUCGCCGCCAACGACUGGUUAGAUGAAGAGACGGCAAACAUGGCCCGUGAGGGACUCCGCACUCUAGUUGUGGGCCGCAAAAGGCUAUCGUCUCAAACAUACCAGGAGUUCACCACCAAGUACGCGCAGGCCUCUCUUGCCCUCAGCAACCGUGACGCUUCCGUUGCUGGUGUUGUUAAAGAAUACCUCGAGCAUGACCUAGAACUCCUUGGCGUCACAGGUGUCGAGGACAAACUACAAAAGGAUGUCAAGCCUUCUCUCGAGCUCCUUCGCAACGCGGGUAUCAAGAUCUGGAUGUUGACUGGUGACAAGGUCGAGACGGCGCGUUGCGUAGCCGUCAGCUCUAAACUGGUAGCACGUGGGCAAUACGUGCACACAAUUGCCAAGCUGAAACGCAAAGACCUUGCAUCCUCGUCUCUCGACUUUCUCCGUGGGAAGCUCGAUUCCUGUCUGCUUAUUGACGGCGAAUCGCUUGCGCUCUUUCUGCAGCAUUUUCGCCAGGAAUUCAUAAGCGUUGCUGUACAACUUCCCACUGUUGUCGCAUGCCGAUGCUCUCCCACACAGAAAGCAGACGUCGCGCGCCUGAUUCGGGAGUUCACCAAGAAGCGGGUAUGCUGCAUCGGCGACGGCGGCAACGACGUAUCCAUGAUCCAAGCUGCCGACGUUGGUGUUGGUAUUGUGGGCAAAGAAGGUCGCCAGGCCUCCCUCGCUGCCGACUUUUCGAUUGAACAAUUCUGUUACCUUGUCAAACUGCUCGUCUGGCACGGCCGCAACUCAUACAAACGCUCUGCCAAACUCUCUCAGUUUGUCAUUCAUCGCGGGCUGAUCAUUUCCAUCUGCCAAACGGUCUUUUCGAUUGCCAGCAGUUUUGAGCCCAAUGCUUUGUACAAGGACUGGCUCUUGGUCGGCUAUUCGACCAUCUACACAAUGAUGCCGGUCUUUUCCCUUGUCCUGGACCGCGAUGUGGACGAGAGCGUCGCGAAUCUGUAUCCCGAGUUGUAUGCCGAACUCAAGACAGGCCGGUCGCUAUCGUACAAGUCGUUCUUCAUCUGGGUCGCUGUGUCCAUCUACCAAGGCUCCAUUAUUCAGGGGUGCAGCCAGCUUCUUAUUGGUGUGGGACACGCGACAGACGCAGGCGAGACUGCGGAUCCGACAUUUCUUAAGAUGGUGUCUGUUUCCUUCUCGGUGCUUAUUGUCAAUGAAUUGAUCAUGGUGGCCAUGGAAGUCACAACGUGGCAUUGGAUCAUGAUUGCGAGCAUUGUGGGAACAGCAGGUAUCUACUUUGGCUCUGUGCCGUUUCUGGACGAGUAUUUUGAUCUCGCGUACGUGGGCAGCAUGGCGUUUUGGUGGAGAUUUGCGGUCAUUGCAGCAAUCAGUUUGUUACCACCAUAUGCAGUCAAGCUGCUGAGAAGGACGUUGAAGCCACCUAGUUACCGCAAGGUGCAAGGUGUUUAA